UCCACCGCCAACUCCUCUACCAUCACGACUUUCCUCAUAGCCCUCAGCAACCCGCUAUGGUGCUUACUGGUGUCAACGCUCCCAUUGCCAACUAGAUGUCCCUCCUUUUGCAGCCACUUGCAAACCCGAAGCCUUUCUUUUGUCUUGUAUAAUUCUUAGCGCGUCAUCCGUACCGAGCCUGCCACACCCUGCCCUCUGGCUGCCGAGGAAAAAAAAAUCCAAACGCGUUUCUAAUCUCGCUCUGGACAUCAUCAAUUCUGUCUCGAAUACAUACUUAAUCCGCCGUUGACUAAUUCGCGAAAGAGGCGCGUUUCGCGACGUCUUUCAAGGGUCCGACGGCUGCAAGAAUAGAUGUUGAAUGCAAGCUUCACGACCAUCGACACCUCAAGAUACCCUGCCGUCUUCUCCUCCGUCUGCUCCCGGACAGACUGUUGAAGACCUGCAACCCUUCGAUCAUUCGAACGAUCUCUCACCUUCGCGGGAUCAGUGGUCGUCUCCCGCAAACACCCUAGGUCACUCAAGUCCCGAGCUCCCACCUCUUCCAUCGCUACCAUCAAUCGCUGGUAUCCCACGGACUCCUUCUGCGCCGUCGGUACCUAAAGAGCCUGGGUCGUACUACACAACAAGUUGGGGGUCUCCAUAUAGACAGCCUUCACCAGGCACAGUCAGUGAAAGAAUUCAAGAUCCAGAGCAUUUUGGAAGUGACGAUCUAGGUAGCGAAUCGUCAGAGAUCGAAUUUGGUCUUGACCAUCUACUUCCUUCUCGAGUAGCAGACGAAGAGACCCCCGAUUUUGGGCUUGAUUAUCUCCUGCCAGCUCUUGUCCCGGCUCUACAAGCAACGCCGACUGCGGAACAUUUUGCGUCUUUGCUUGCCGCACAAGAAGCCACACCGCGACCAGUCCUGAGGCAAGCCUUCAGGGAUUUGCUGUCGCAAAGUCCAGAAGCCUCAAGACAGGAGCUACUUCGCAAAUUCGUCGACGCUCAGUCGAAAGAGCCCGUUGAAUCGGAAACCACUGGACAAUCAUCGCUUGAACCUACAGAGGCGAGGAAGGGACACAAGAAGAACUUGACUCUAAAGCAAGAAGAUUUCUGGUCUCACUUUGGUCUGGAAGAGAAGGAACAUCUCGCCAAGAUGAUGGCCUCAAGGUAUGCGUCGAAGCCACAGGAGCCGGAGCCUGAGAGCUCUCAGGAAACCAAGGAACUUGUGGCUCGACAGUCUUUGACUUCGCCGGUUGAAAAUGCUGCGAAUACAGCUUCUCCGGCAGACCAAUCAUUGUCGCCAAUCGAAGCCUCUGAUGCCGCUACUCGACUGGUAUCAAAGAAGCCUUCUACGCCGAUACCCACUGAGACAGCUCUUCCGAUUUCACCAUCUCCGGUCAAGCGUGUACAGGAAGUCGAGGAACGGGCACCGACACCACCACCCAAGCGUCCAAGGAAAGUGAUCAAAACGAAGAAAGGUCGAAGUGUGGUUAUGGACUUCCCGAUUGAUUCAAACAGAGGCAAGCCCGGACAUGCACCUAUGCCUCUGUCGCACGCUGAAGUGAGGGCAAGACUCGCCAAGUUCGAGGAUGAAGGUUACGAUACGCGAGGUUUCGGGCACUGGAGAGGUACCCCGGACAUCCUUCAGCCGCUUGGCCAUGCUCAAAACCGCGAUGUUUUCCCUGAUCCAACCGAUCAAUCUCAGCAGAUGAGUACUAAAUCCUUCAAGGUACAUAUACCUAAUGAGAACGACUGGAAGGCAUACCAGGACUUCCUUGUUGAGCAGAAGCUGGCCGCAUUAGGCGUGUCGUUGGGAGGUUCAGAAGAAGUUUCACAAUCUCAGUCACCAACAAUGAUGUCGAGGCAAGGUUCGUCUCAGUACCCUCCUUUACCGUUCUCUCCACCCUUGCCUUCUUCUUCAGCAGGCAGUCAGCGGAUUGGACCAAACGGAAGUGGGAUGUCAGGGCAUCAGUCCACGCGAUCAAUUGCUUCGCCUAUGUCGGCUUUCGGCAACUCACAGAGAAGCAUGUCAUCCCACAUGCACAGGAACUCGAUGUUUGCGAUGCCGUCAAGUUUUGCUCCUCAAGCAACGCCACCUGGAGGAUUCCGCACCUUUUCCCCACAUGAAUCAUACUUUGGAUCACAAGCCACAACAAGAGGCGGCUCACCAGGCAUCUCCCAAAACAACAGUAUGCCAAGUCUGAACGACACUAUGUCACCCGUAUCACCCUUUGGCUUCACGCCGCAAACAUACUCUUUCCCUCAGAAGGACGAUUUGCUUGCGCAGCUACAUCAACAGCGCAUGCAAUCUCCCGGUCUGACGAACUUGAGACCAUCGUCCACUCUUCAGGAAGUCCCAGAAGAAGAGGCCGAGGAAGAACAUGAUGUACCACACCAAGUCAAAGGUGCUGAGACGGAGAUGGCCGUACCAAAGCCACGUCAUCAGCACAAUAUUAGUGAAAACCUGCAGCGCGACGUUGAGUCCGCUGACUACCACCUCGAGGCCACCUUCGAAAAGGACGUUGCUUCAGGAGGGCAGUUCAGUCCCGGUAGUCGCUUCGGUGCUGAGAGCCCCAAGAUUUCUCACCAAUCUGAAUUGGAUGAUAGCAUUUCCGAAUGGAGACGCCCGCGUCCAGUUGAGCAAGUGCUUCACCAGCCGCAGCCUCAUAACCGCAAUCACUCCCUGACACAAACGAAGCAGAACUCAUACAACACAGCUGCAGCAAAUGGUAGGAGUGACAUUAGUGACGACGCGAAGACCAAUAUAUCAGAAAUCACCAACCCAAGUGCGGAAGAGAAAGCUGUUGGCGCCAGAAUGCAUUCAGCGACAACGUCUCAAGGCAGUAACAUCUGGAAACCAGGACACGGUAGCCGUGCUUCAAAGGCCUCAAUUGGCUCAAGUCUCAACGCCAGUGCAAAAGAAUUCAAGUUCAAUCCAACGGCGUCCUUUCAGCCGGGCAACUUUUCGUUCAACUCACUGGGUUUCGAGUAUCAACCAAGCGGAGGCCAUAAGAAGAACAGCUUCAGUCGAAGCGUUCCUUACGGCUCGGCAGCACCAUUUUCUUUCAACCCUGCUGCGAGCAGCUGGAACGUGGCUGCACCUAGCUUUACUCCUGGUGCGAGCCUAAACUCGAAUCCUGCCCCUAGCGGAGAUUUCAACUUUGCUUCCAGUGGUCCUGCUUUCAAGCCUGAUUCUACCUCAUUCCGACCAAAUGUAGAUGCUGCUAUAAUGCCUGAGGAGCCAGCUGAGGCUGAAGAGAAAGAAGUGCAAUCUCACAUAUUCGGACCGAUCAACUUCAGUCACAAGGACAUCAUCAAACCUGCGAAACGCUCCAAGGCUGUACCCAUCAUCCGCCCUGACGCUGUUCCUAGAAGAGCCUCUGGCGCGAGAUCGGGGUCUGAUGAUGAUGAGAUCGAAGAAGAAGAUCAAGAAGACGCCGAUGGCCGUGUUACCCAGUCAGAUGCCCGGCAGAAGAGGGCUAGAAGGUUUGGCGAUGAUGGGGACACUCUGCCCAAAUUCGCGCCGCAGCCCGUUCUUGCUUCCCAGCCGCUCUCCGAGACUACUCAGUUCCAGGCCUCGAAGCAAGAACCCCAGGUCGAGAGAAGCCCCAUACCAGAUGCAAAGGAAAAUCUUGCACCUACGAAGCCAGUCGUCAAGGAGGCCUUACCAGCUCCUCGGGCGCACGCACCGGCAGAUAUUGUGGGGAUCAACAGAAGCUCCGAUGCCACACCUGUUGGUUCCAGCUUCCUGGACGACAGUCGUUCGAUGACCGAACACGACGGGAGCAUUUCUGCUUCUGUGGAAAAGCUGCCAGAACGUCCACCAAGCAAUCACGCGGCAAACAAGAGCUCGCUCUCGGCCAUCGCCAAGGAAUUCACACCCCGGAUUGGUUCUGGCUCCGGUGCAUUUGAAUUUGGUCUUCACGUUACGAAGCCUUCUGAUGUCACUGACAUAGAGCACAAUUCAAGCGCUCCUAACAGGCAGGUCAGCCGCAGCCCGACCACAACCUUCCGUCCAAGCGACGAUGGGUCGUAUAGAACUGCAUUGUCGCGUAGACCGAUGCCGCAUGCGGAUAACGAUAGUGUCGAUUUCGAUUCCUUUGCGCAGCCCUCGUUCAACGAUAUCGACGAGGUCAUGAAGCAUAUGAAUGAUGCCGGUUCGGACUUUGGCGUUGAGAAGGAAGAGGCUCAGACUUGGGAACGUUCUAGCCAGCCACAAGGCUCUAUGGACUUCGGCACACCCAAUCUGCGACCCAAUUUCACCAAUCUACGUAGCGAUGCACCCAGCCCGAGCCCCCGCAGAAUGCAAGCUCCAACCGGUAUGCGACAUGGUGAAUCAGAACUCAUCCAAGAUCCUUUCAGCGAUUCCAGGGCUGGUCUUGCGUAUGAGUCUCCUGUACACCGUCUCAACACUGCAGAAGAUGCUCCUGUCAGCGAUUGGGACGACAUGGUCUCAGAUGAAGCCGGCAUUGACAAGCUGCAAUCUCGUGCUCGCUUCUUCGACCACCAUGUGGAUGGUCUCAUUGAUAGCGUUCUCUCCACUCGUCUUGGGCCACUUGAAGAGACAAUGCGUCUCAUGCAGGAGUCUGUUGCAGCAAUGUCUAGACGCAGUGCUAGAAGCACGCGCAGGAGUUAUUCCACGGAGCCACUCGGCAGCGAUGCUGAUGAUGAAGAUGACGACCUCGAUGAGCAACGCUUCCGUAAUCGUUCGCCACUCAAAGAUCGCAAGCUUGAGAAAAUUAGAUCAAUUGUCGUGGAAGCGCUUGCCUCGCAACAGCAGCAAAAUGACCCACGUUCUGCAACGCCAACUCCAUCAGCCCCGCCUCUUGACCUAUCUGAAAUAUAUUCGGCUUUGGCCGACGUCAAGGUCUCUCUCGCCGAACAGCGGGCGGAUCAACCGAAGAUCGUAUCGACACCACCUGACUUGACCGCCAUCAACGAAGCCAUUGCUGAACUAAAGACCUCUCUUGCGGAGCAGCAGAAACAGCAUCAAGCUGAGGUUCUGGCUGCCCAACCACCCGCGCCAGACUUUUCUGAGGUUCAUCAAGCUUUUGCCGAGCUAAAGUCUUCGCUCGCCGAACAGCAGAGACAGCAGCAGGAGGAGCAGGCCAGGAUUGCUGCUGAGGUGGCGGCCAGACCAGUGGAGCCACCAGCCCCUGCGCAGGUGGACUUGUCGGACUUCUACUCUGCUCUUUCGGACUUCAAGCUUUCCAUGGCCGAGAAGCAGUCUCUGGAGGACACGAAGCCAAAGUCUCCACAACUACCGUCUGUCAACACAAAGGAGCUUUACGACACAAUCAACGAUCUCAAAGCAUCUCUCUCGGAGCAAUUACAGAUCCGGACCGCAAUGCCAGAAGUUACUGAGGAUAAGCACGACUUCAGCCUUUCUGAAGUGUACCAGGCAUUAGCUGCAAUGAAGGUACAAUUGGCUCAUUCAGCUUCCAAUCAUGUCUCUCUCGAAGACUUCAAGGAUAUUAUGGAAGAGGCACUUCGGCGCCAACACACCGAUGUUGAUCAGAAGAACGAAACCUUCAAAGCGCUCAUGCAUGAGACCCUGGAGCGACACCAUGAGUCGACUGGUCAGCACAAGGAGGACUUGCGGGAGAUCAUGAACCAGGCCAUCGCUCGUCAGGAAUAUGUUGCGACGCAAAACAAGGACGAGAUUCGCGAAUUCAUUGAAGAGGCGUUUGAGCGUCAAGACACUAAGGAACAGAAGAAGUCCGACAACGCGAGCAUUCUUGAGAAUGAAGGCCGUAUCGCUGACCUUGAAGCCAUGAUCAAGGAAGCCUCGAUCAAGGUCGACCAAGAACGAGAGGCACGCGAAACUGCCGAGAAGCGCGAGGAGGAGGCCCAACGUUUGCUCAAGCUCAACGACGAAGAGAUUAACAUUAUUCGGGAAAGCUUGAGAGAUGAAGAAUCAAAGACUCGGGCGCUACAUGAGGAGCUGCAUAACACUCGCUCGGAACGUUCUUCUCGGCAAGUUGCGGAAGAAGAGCUCCGCCGGAAGUUUGCUACCUUACAAGAUCAGAACGAAGCUCUCGAGGCCACUAUCGACGAGUACCGUCUUUCGAGCAACAAAUGGCGUGACGAGAUGACUCACAGCAAGUCACGCAACGAUGAGCUCCGCGCCGAGAAUGAGGACCUCAAGAUCGAGAAUGACGAGCUCAAGAAGACAUCUGACAGCGUCAAGCUACAGCUUCAAGAAGUCGUGCGGGUCCGUGAAGGCAUGCGUGUUAAGAUUGAGAAACUUCAAUAUGACAUGACCCAAGCUGCUGGCUCAAUUGCCGAAGAAAAGUCAACAUGGCAAAAGAAGGACGAGGAGCACAGGACCAGAUACGAGGUACUUCGUGCCCGGAUCGAGGCGGAGGCUCGAACUCGAGAACGACUCGAGCGCGAGCUGGAAAGACUUGAGACUCAGGAACGGGAAGGCAUGCGCCUCAGAGUCAAGCUGGAACACACCGAGCAACAACUUUCGAAGAUUGAAGAGAGUUCGGAGAAGCUCAGAAAUGAGCGCGAUGAGCACGAAAGAAACGCUGCUCGUUAUGAGCGCGAGUUCCGGGAAGCCAGACAUAUGGGACAAACAGAAGUGCAACGCACUAGACGCCUCAUGGAAGCUGAUUUGCAAGCUGCCAACAAUGAGAUCAAUAUGCUUCGAUCGAAUGCCGACAGGGAGAAGCAAAGACUGCAAGCUGACUUUGACAACUUGAAGAUGGACUACGAUCAGACCAAGGCUCGUUACGAAGUUCAACUCGAAGAAGCGUUGGACGCUCGACGCAAUGCCCUCAACGAGGCCUACAAUCAGCGUGAGGCUGCAAUCGACGAGGUCAAGGAACGACAUGAGCGGAUAUACCAAGAGAUCCGCAAUCAACACGCCCGGGCGCUGGAGAACGUCCGUGAAGACAGCCGCCGUGAGGAGACGCAUCUCAAGGAACGACUGAAUCUUUCGAACGCGAAGCUUGAACACCUUGAAGACCAAGCUGAACUGCUCAAGUCCAAGGCCGAACAUCUCGAGUCACAGCUCAAGGUUGCUCGGGAUGCUGCUAACGCUGCUGCUCUCACUGCUGCAUCCGUCAAGUCGCCCGCUGCACAACAAGCGCCAGGCGGCUACGCAGGAGUGCCGGAGAAGGUAUCUCCUCAAGCCCUACGAGAGUCUAUUGUCGUUCUGCAGGAGCAACUGCAGGAACGCGAAACUCGUAUCGAAUCAUUUGAACGGCAGCUUGAAGAAAUCGAUACUGAGGCUCCAGCCAAGCUCAAGGAGCGCGAUACCGAGAUCGGCUGGCUUCGUGAGCUCCUUGGAGUACGGGUUGAUGAUAUCAGCGAGCUGAUCAAUGCUCUUGGCCAACCCAACGUCAAUCGCGAGGCUGUUCGCGACGCGGCUAUCCGCAUCCGCACUAACCUACAGAUGGAGCAACAGGAAAAGGAGCGGCUGAUAAGUGGAAAUGGCAAUUCUUUCCCUACGCUAUCAACGCUUUCCAACCUGGCAACGCCGAAAGCAGCUCAGCUUGCCGCAGCGUUUGGCAACUGGCGUAAGGGUGGCAGAGACAGUCGAGCGGGCAGCACGGCAUCCAUUCCCCAGCUCAAGCAACCUCAACUGUCGAACGCCUUGAACCGCAGUCUCACUCCUUCUCGACCAAAGCCAUCGCCAGUACCCUCGCAUUCGCAAUCUAUCCUUUCCGGCCUGAUGACGCCGCCAGCCUCAAAUGUGCGUCGCGCCUCUCCCCAACCGCAUCCCCAGACCAUGCCACAGCAGUCCCGGCACCAACAUCCACAACAUUACCCUGAGCAGCCUUCUGCGUUUGGCUCGACAGGCCAGCGAUUUACGGGCUUGACAAGCAAACAGAUGGGCAAACAACCUGCGCAAAGCCCAAGCACGCCGCCGCUUCUCCGCGAAUCCAGCUACGACCAAGACCCAAUGUUGCGUGACGAGGAGAUCAGCAUGAAUGGGUUUUACGACGAUGAAGAUAGCGUUAUCGACGGAGGAGCGCCAGAGCAGGAGCUUGGUGGACAUGAAGAAGAGGAGCGCGGAUGGGAGUUUUGAGCCAGCACGCGGGCUCACGAGAUGAAACAACAAAAAUUAUCAGACUGCACAUUAUUCAAUAACGCGUUUCCUUUAUUGGCUAUGGCGAAGCUUGGCUUAGCAUUGACUGGCUGUCCAUUUGGUGAAGCCGCCGCUCUCUCUUUCUUCUUUGCUCUCUGCGCUUUUCUGCAGGUGUUUUUUUUUCUGCAAUAUGAUCUUGCAUGCAUUGCGGAGAUACCCCCUUACCAACACACAACCCCACACACCACUUCACAUCACAUCAUACCAGCGCGUUGCGCCUAUGGAGAUGGAGAUGAUCUAGACUGCACCUCUUCACCGCACGAAACAAACCCACCUUUUUCCUUUGUAUACUAGCGAUUUUGUGUUUUUAAAAUCCCCCCGCCCCAGACUGGAAAAAGGCCUGGAUGUACAAUUGAUGCACGAGUAUUCCGUCCGUAGUAAUAUAUAAGCUCAGCUCUAUCAGUUAUU